AUGCAAAGGAACCAGAGCGAAAUCACGGAAUUCAUCCUCCUGGGAUUUGGGGACCUCCAUCGCCUGCAGAUCUUCCUGUUCCUGGGAUUUUUGGUGAUCUACAUCUUUACCAUGGUUGCCAACAUUCUCACCAUCUUUCUGAUAGUGAUUGAUCAGCAUCUUCACACACCUAUGUACUUCUUCCUGGGGAAUUUGUCAAGCUUAGAGACAUUCUACAGCUCAACCACCAUUCCCAGGAUGUUGACUAGUUUCUGGACAGGGGACAAAACUAUCUCUGCUAAAAGUUGUUUCACACAAUUGUAUUUCUUUGCUUUUCUAGUUGGGACGGAAUGCUACCUCCUCUCUGUCAUGUCUUAUGAUCGCUUCUUAGCCAUAUGCAAGCCUCUGCAUUAUGCAACUCUUAUGACCAGUAAGCUCUGUAGACAGUUAACAGGUGGCUCUUGGAUCAAUGGCAUUACAUUUACCUCUGUGUAUUUAGCCUUGAUACUGCAGCUACGGUAUUGUGGUACCAAUGAAGUUGACCAUUUCUUUUGUGACUCACUUGCACUGCUUAAAAUAUCAUGCAGUGACACCAGUCUUGUGAAGUAUGCCAGCAUAAUCUUGAGUUUUGGAUUCACUUUCCCCCCUUUCCUUUUGACCCUGAUCUCUUACAUAUAUAUCAUCACAACCAUUUUAAAAAUUUCAUCAACCACAGGGAGGCAAAAGGCCUUUUCCACUUGUUCUUCUCACCUAAUUGUUGUUUCUAUUUUCUAUGGGGCGUUAAUUAUUGUGUAUCUGACACCACAAACCAAAGCAGUGAAAGACCUGAGCAAAAUAUUUUCUCUGUUGUACACAGUUCUUCCUCCCUUAAUCAACCCCCUUGUCUACAGCCUGAGAAACAAGGAUGUCAAAGAAGCCUUAAGGAAAGCUGUCAGAAAGGUUUUCUGA